GAGGAAAGGGAACCACCUUCUAUUUUCCCCAACAGCCCAGUGAAUGGCCCUCUCCUGGGUCCUCAAAGCCUUAAUGGGAAAACUGGAAAAUCCAGUUACCCAGCUUCCCUCUCCCAUUUCCCCCCAAACGCCUGGGCUUAAGGAUUGAGUGGAGUGCAGAAAGGCAGGCCUGGUAAGGAGAGCCAGCCAGAGCUUCAGACAUCUCUUCUGUCCAUCAGAGAAGCAAGAAGCAAGAAGCAAGGUGGCCACAAUGGGGGCCAGGAUGCCCUUCUUCCUCUUCCUGACUCUCCUGGGCAGCUCACAGGGAACAGGGCCAGGAUUGACUUUGCAGCUGAAGCUGAAGGACUCCUUUCUAACAAAUUUCUCCUAUGAGUCCAGCUUCCUGGAAUUGCUUGAGAAGCUCUGCCUCCUCCUUCACCUCCCGUCAGGGACCAACGUCACCCUCCAUCAUGCAGGAUCCCCACGCCAUGUCACCUGCGAAGUCUGAGAAUGGUCAAACUCUGUGUCCCCCCCUUGGCCCAGGCAUUUGGCCACCGAGGUACAGGAGGGAUGCCCUAACCCUGAUGAGUAAAUGUGCUGAAUUCA